GUUAUGCUGCAUUCACACCGCAAAUGCCGGGUCCUACCCGGUAAGGGAAACGUGUACUUACCGGGUGGGAUCCGGCAUUUGCGCUCCGUUGCAGGCUUCCCGACCCGGCAAUAUACCGGGUCGGUUGCCAUGACAACGGAGGCCGCAGCAGGGGCGGGGUGAAGGCGGCGUCGGGAGAUGAGCUCAUCUCCAGCGCCGCCUAUCUUGUGAAUGGGAACCGUGUCGCAUCGAUACGGCUCCCAUUCACACCGCACCUGACCCGGUAAUCAACCCGGGUAAAACCCUUCUUUUUUACCGGGUUGAUUUACCGGGUCAGGCGACCCGCUAAACCGCCCAGUGUGCUUUCACAUAGCACACUGACCCGGUUCGACACGGCAAUAUGCCGUGUCGGUACCGGGUUAUUUGUGCGAUGUGAAAGGGGUAUUAGAUUUCUGUGCCCGGCUGAGCUGGAUGCACACUAGGGGCUCUCCUGAGCUAGGAAGAAAGUAUAUGUUAGGUUUUUUAUUUUCGGUGAGACCUGCUGGCAACAGGCUCACUGCACCGAGGGACUAAGGGGAGAAGAAGCGAACCUACCUAAGUGGUGGUAGCUUGGGCUUCUUAGGCUACUGGACACCAUUAGCUCCAGAGGGAUCGAACACAGGACCCGACCUCGUCAUCCGUUCCCGGAGCCGCGCCGCCGUCCCCCUUACAGAGCCAGAAGCAAGAAGUUCCGGAAAAUCGGCGGCUGAAGACUUCUGUCUUCUCCAAGGUAGCGCACAGCACUGCAGCUGUGCGCCAUUGCUCCUCAUGCACACCACACACUGCGGUCACUGAUGGGUGCAGGGUGCUGGGGGGGGGGCGCCCUGAGCAGCAAUAUUAACACCUUGGCUGGCAAACUGACACCAUAUAUAACCCCAGGGGCUAUAUAGGUGUUAAUUAACCCCUGCCAGAAUUAUUGAAAUAGCGGGAGAAAGCCCACCGAAAAAGGGGCGGAGCCAUCUCCCUCAGCACACUGGCGCCAUUUUCCCUCACAGCUCCGCUGGAAGGAUCGCUCCCUGGCUCUCCCCUGCAGUCCUGCACUACAGAAAGGGUAAAAAAGAGAGGGGGGGCACAAAUUUAGGCGCAGUAUAGAAUAUAUAUGCAGCUAUAAGGGAAAACACUCUUUAUAGGUGAUAUCCCUGUGGUAUAUAGCGCUCUGGUGUGUGCUGGCAUACUCUCCCUCUGUCUCCCCAAAGGGCUUUGUGGGGUCCUGUCCUCUGUAAGAGCAUUCCCUGUGUGUCUGCUGUGUGUUGGUACUGCUGUGUCGACAUGUAUGAGGAGGAAAAUGAUAUGGAGGCGGAGCAAAUGCCUGUGAAUGUGAUGUCACCCCCUGCGGGGUCGACACCUGUGUGGUUGGACUUAUGGAAGGAAUUGCGUGAAAGUGUCAACUCCUUACACAAAAGGUUUGACGACAUAGGACAGCCGGCUACACAGCUUGUGCCUGUUCCAGCCUCUCAAAUGUCAUCAGGGGCUUUAAAACGCCCGCUACCUCAGGUGACAGACACAGAUGUUGACACGGAUACCGACUCCAGUGUCGACGAUGAUGAGACUAGUGUACCCUCCAAUAGGUCCACCCGUUACAUGAUUGAGGCAAUGAAAAAUGUUUUACACAUUUCUGAUAAUACCCCAGGUACCACAAAAAAGGGUAUUAUGUUUGGUGAGAAAAAACUAUCUAGUUUUUCCUGCAUCUGAGGAAUUAAAUGAGGUGUGUGAGGAAGCGUGGACUUCCCCCGAUAAGAAAUUGAUAAUUUAAAAACUGUUAUUGGCAGCGUACCCUUUCCCGCCAGAGGAUAAGUCACGUUGGGAAACACCCCCUAGGGUAGAUAAGGCGCUGACACGCUUAUCAAAGAAGGUGGCACUACCGUCUCUGGAUACGGCCACCCUGAAGGAACCUGCUGAUAGGAUACAGGAAGCUACCCUAAAAGCUAUUUACACACACACGGGCAUUAUAUUGCGACCAGCGAUUGCAUCAGCUUGGAUGUGCAGUGCUGCUGCUGCUGCGUGGUCAGAUUCCCUGUCUGAUAAUAUUGAUACCAUGGAUAGGGACAAUAUUUUGCUGACGAUUGAGCAUAUAAAAGAUGCAGUCUUAUACAUGCGUGAUGCACAGAGGGAUAUUUGCCGGCUGGCAUCAAGAAUAAGCGCUAUGUCCAUUGCCGCCAGAAGGGGGUUAUGGACUCGGCAAUGGUCUGGCGAUGCCGACUCAAAACGGCACAUGGAAGUUUUGCCCUAUAAGGGGGUGGAACUGUUUGGGGAUGGUCUUUCGGACCUCGUGUCCACAGCUACUGCUGGGAAAUCGACCUUUUUGCCACAGGCUGCCCCACAGCAAAAGAAAGCACCGUAUUAUCAGGUACAGUCCUUUCGGCCCCAGAAAAGCAAGAGGGCUAGAGGCUCAUCCUUUCUGCCGAGAGGCAAAGGUAGAGGAAAAAAGCUGCAACACACAGCUAGUUCCCAAGAGCAGAAGUCCUCCCCCGCGUCCGGUAAGUCCACAGCAUGACGCUGGGGCUGCUCAGGCGGACCCGGGUACGGUGGGGGCCCGUCUCAGGAAUUUCAGCGCUCAGUGGGAUCUCUCACAAGUGGAUCCCUGGGUCUUUCAAGUAAUAUCUCAGGGGUACAGGCUGGAAUUCGAGACGUCUCCCCCCUGCCGUUUCCUAAAAUCUGCCUUACCGGCAACUCCCUCUGCCAGGGAGGCAGUAUUGGUGGCUAUUCAAAAACUGUAUUCACAGCAAGUGAUUGUCAAGGUGCCCCUCCUUCAGCAAGGAAAGGGUUACUAUUCCACAAUGUUUGUGGUACCGAAACCGGACGGUUCGGUGAGACCCAUCUUAAAUCUAAAAUCCUUGAACACUUAUAUCAAAAGGUUCAAGUUCAAGAUGGAAUCGCUCAGGGCGGUUAUUGCGAGCCUGGACGAGGGGGAUUACAUGGUCUCCCUGGACAUCAAGGAUGCGUACCUACAUGUCCCCAUUUACCCUCCUCACCAGGAGUACCUCAGAUUUGUGGUACAGGACUGUCACUAUCAGUUCCAGACGCUGCCGUUUGGGUUGUCCACGGCACAGAGGGUCUUUACCAGGGUAAUGGCCGAAAUGAUGAUACUCCUUCGCAAGAAGGGAGUUUUAAUUAUCCCGUACUUGGACGAUCUCCUGAUAAAGGCGAGGUCCAAGUUGGUAGUGGGGGUAGCGCUUUCUCGGGAAGUGCUACAACAGCACGGCUGGAUUCUCAAUAUUCCAAAGUCACAGCUGGUCCCGACGACUCGUCUUCUGUUCCUGGGAAUGAUUCUGGACACGGACCAGAAAAGAGUGUUUCUUCCAGUGGAAAAAGCCGAGGAGUUGUCAUCUCUAGUCAGAGACAUCCUAAAACCGGGACAGGUGUCGGUACAUCAAUGCACACGAGUCCUGGGAAAAAUGGUAGCUUCGUACGAGGCAAUUCCAUUCGGAAGGUUCCACGCAAGGACUUUCCAGUGGGACCUGUUGGACAAAUGGUCCAGGUCCCAUCUCCAGAUGCAACAGCGGAUAACCCUGUCGGCAAGAACCAGGGUGUCGCUGCUGUGGUGGCUGCAGAGGGCUCAUCUACUAGAGGGCCGCAGAUUCGGAAUACAGGACUGGGUCCUGGUGACCACGGAUGCCAGCCUUCGGGGCUGGGGUGCAGUCACACAGGGAAGAAAUUUCCAAGGACUGUGGUCAACUCGGGAGAUUUCGCUUCACAUAAAUAUUCUGGAGCUAAGGGCCAUUUACAAUGCCCUAAGCCAAGCAAGACCCCUGCUUCAGAACGGGCCGGUGCUGAUCCAAUCAGACAACAUCACGGCGGUCACCCAUGUAAACAGACAGGGCGGCACAAGAAGCAGGAGGGCAAUGGCAGAAGCCACAAGGAUUCUCCGAUGGGCAGAGAAUCAUGUGUUGGCACUGACAGCAGUAUUCAUUCCGGGAGUGGACAACUGGGAAGCAGACUUCCUCAGCAGGCACGACCUCCACCCGGGAGAAUGGGGACUUCAUCCAGAAGUCUUCCAGAUGCUGGUAAACCGGUGGGAAAAAACACAGGUGGACAUGAUGGCGUCCCGCCUCAACAAAAAGCUAAAAAGAUAUUGCGCCAGGUCAAGGGACCCUCAGGCGAUCGCUGUGGACGCUCUAGUGACACCGUGGGUGUACCAGUCGGUUUAUGUGUUUCCUUCUCUGCCUCUCAUACCCAAACUACUGAGAAUAAUAAGAAGGCGAGGAGUGAGAACUAUUCUCGUGGCUCCGGAUUGGCCAAGAAUAGCUUGGUACCCGGAACUUCAAGAGAUGCUUGCAGAGGACCCUUGGCCUCUGCCGCUAAGACAAGACCUGCUGCAGCAGGGACCCUGUCUGUUCCAAGACUUACCGCGGCUGCGUUUGACGGCAUGGCGGUUGAACGCCGGAUCCUAAAGGAAAAAGGCAUUCCGGAGGAAGUCAUCCCUACCCUGAUCAAAGCCAGGAAGGAUGUCACCGCAAAGCAUUAUCACCGCAUUUGGCGAAAAUAUGUUGCUUGGUGUGAGGCCAAGAAGGCCCCAACGGAAGAAUUUCAACUGGGUCGAUUCCUGCAUUUACUGCAAGCAGGUGUGACAUUGGGCCUCAAAUUGGGGUCCAUUAAGGUCCAGAUCUCGGCCCUGUCGAUUUUCUUCCAGAAAGAACUGGCUUCACUGCCUGAAGUUCAGACUUUUGUCAAGGGAGUUCUGCAUAUUCAGCCUCCUUUUGUGCCCCCAGUGGCACCCUGGGAUCUCAAUGUGGUUUUGGAGUUCCUGAAAUCACAUUGGUUUGAGCCACUUAAGACUGUGGAUUUAAAAUAUCUCACGUGGAAAGUGGUUAUGUUGUUGGCUCUAGCUUCGGCUAGACGUGUGUCAGAAUUGGCGGCUUUGUCCUGUAAAAGCCCCUAUCUGAUUUUCCAUACGGAUAGGGCAGAGUUGAGGACUCGUCCUCAGUUUCUCCCGAAGGUGGUAUCAGCUUUUCACUUGAACCAACCUAUUGUGGUGCCUCGGCUACUAGGGACUUGGAGGAUUCCAAGUUUCUGGACGUAGUCAGGGCCCUGAAAAUGUAUGUUGCCAGGACAGCUGGAGUCAGGAAAACUGACUCGCUGUUUAUUCUAUAUGCACCCAACAAGCUGGGUGCACUUGCUUCUAAGCAGACUAUCGCGCGCUGGAUUUGUAGUACUAUUCAGCUGGCGCAUUCUGCGGUGGGACUACCGCAGCCUAAAUCUGUAAAAGCCCAUUCCACAAGGAAGGUGGGCUCAUCUUGGGCGGCUGCCCGAGGGGUCUCUGCUUUACAACUUUGCCAAGCUACUACUUGGUCAGGGGCAAACACGUUUGCAAAAUUUUAUAAAUUUGAUACCCUGGCUGAGGAGGACCUGGAGUUCUCUCAUUCGGUGCUGCAGAUUCAUCCGCACUCUCCCGCCCGUUUGGGAGCUUUGGUAUAAUCCCCAUGGUCCUUACGGAGUCCCCAGCAUCCACUAGGACGUUAGAGAAAAUAAGAAUUUACUCACCGGUAAUUCUAUUUCUCGUAGUCCGUAGUGGAUGCUGGGCGCCCAUCCCAAGUGCGGAUUGUCUGCAAUACUUGUAAAUAGUUAUUGUUACACAAAUCGGGUUGUUACUGCCAGCCAUCUGUUCAGAGGCUCCAUUGCUAUCAUACUGUUAACAGGGGUUCCUAUCACGAGUUAUAUGGUGUGAUUGGUGUGGCUGGUAUGAGUCUUACCCGGGAUUCAAAAUCCUUCCUUAUUGUGUCAGCUCUUCCGGGCACAGUGUCCUAACUGAGGUUUGGAGGAGGGUCAUAGGGGGAGGAGCCAGUGCACACCAGGUAGACCUAAAUCUUUCUUUAGAGUGCCCAGUCUCCUGCGGAGCCCGUCUAUUCCCCAUGGUCCUUACGGAGUCCCCAGCAUCCAAUACGGACUACGAGAAAUAGAAUUAUCGGAUAUCUCCCAUGAUAAGAGAUGUGAAUAAAGAAAAGAGAGUGGAACAGGCACGGCGAUGGAUUGAGAGUGGCAAAACAUUUAAUGAUGUCAUUUUCACAGAUGAAUCGUCUGUGGCCCUUGAGCGGUUCUCCAGAACGUAAUUCCGGAAACGUAACCAUAUCUCAUUAAAACCACGCCCAAAGCAUCCAUUGAAAGUCCAUGUAUGGGGAGGCAUAUCACGAUUAGGAGCUGGUCUCCUAUUAUUUUUUGAAGGGAUCAUGGAUAAGAAAUUUUUCCAAGAAACAAUAGUAGAGGAAUGUAUGGUGCCACUUGUGAAUAAAUAUUACCCAACUCACCAUAGGAUAUUCCAAGACAAUGAUCCUAAACACUCCGCCUCUGCCAAAUUUAUGGAAGAGAAAGGUAUGAAUUGGGAACGCACAUCACCAGAAUCACCAGACACAAAUCCAAUUGAAUUAGUGUGGGCUCAAUUGAAGAGGUACAUUAGGAGUGUUGCGAAGCCAACAACAAAACAGCAGCUGUUGGAUGGGAUAAAGAAAUUUUGGCUAGAAGUACUCACACCUGAGCAUUGUAAUAAUUAUAUAAAUCACCUGUAUAAAGUAUUACCUGUUAUAGUCAAAAGUAAUGGUCAAGCCACAAAUAUGUAGUUCUGUACUGUAUUUUCUGUUUAACAUUUUUAAUUGGUGCAUUAUUAAAAAUGUUUAUAAAAUU